GGAAUCAGCUGUGAGUGUGAGAGCGCCGUGUGUGUGCGCGUGUGCGCGCGCGCGCGCGCGUGUGUGUCGCCUCUGUUCUCGCGAUAUUCCCGUGGACGCCGGGCUCGGGCGCCCCAGGGGCUUCUGGGAAACAUGGCGGUCGGCUGGGACCGUAGCACUAGCAUGACUAUAUGAAGGGAGAGGAAGGUUUCUCUGAAGAUGAGGCGACUGAAUCGGAAAAAAACCUUAAGUUUGGUGAAAGAGUUAGACGCCUUUCCCAAGGUUCCUGACAGCUAUGUGGAGACAUCAGCCAGUGGGGGAACAGUUUCUUUAAUAGCAUUUACCACUAUGGCUUUAUUAACAAUAAUGGAAUUCUCAGUGUAUCAAGAUACCUGGAUGAAGUAUGAAUAUGAAGUAGACAAGGAUUUUUCUAGCAAGUUGAGAAUUAACAUUGACAUCACCGUCGCCAUGAAGUGCCAGUAUGUUGGAGCAGAUGUUCUGGAUUUAGCAGAGACCAUGGUUGCAUCUGCAGAUGGUCUAUCUUAUGAACCAGCAGUAUUUGACCUUUCACCCCAUCAGAGAGAGUGGCAGAGGUAAAGUGUGAACAGUGUCAUCACCAGAGAAACCUAGACCACUUUUGUUUGCUGGAAUCUAUGCAUAUUUUAAAGUAUUUUAGUACAUAAACAAUCCUUAUGACCUCAAAAGCUAUC